AUGGAGCCAUGGCCUUCCACGUUCCUGCUGCUGCUGCUGCUUUUGUGGUUACAGAGCUGUGUCUCAGGUCCCUCCAGCGAGAAUGUGUACAGGAAAGUGUGGCGGCAUGAAGGGGAGUCUCUGACUGUGCUGUGCUCCUACAAGAACCGCCGGAACCGCACUGAGAGCAAGGCUUGGUGCAAGGUCAGGAAGAAGAAGUGUGAGCCCAGCUUCAUCCGGAGUUGGGUGAAGGGGCCCAGCUACUCAAUGCGGGAUGAUGCCAAGGCCAAGGUGGUCCAUAUCACCAUGGAGGCCCUCAGAGUCCAGGACUCCGGUCGAUAUUGGUGCAUGCGGAACACGGCUGGGAAUCUCUACCCAUUGGUGGGUUUCCAGCUGGAAGUGUAUCCAGCCCUCACAACUGAGAGAAACAUUCUUCACACACGUCUAACCAACACCCUUGAGAGUGGAUUUGUCACAACGAGCCAGGUCCCCAUUUCAGGCCCUCGUGUGCCCUUCAACCGUGACGUGUCUGUGCUCACAUCUGGACUCUUCACCUUGGCCUCAGGGACCACCGAGCCAACCCCUGUGACAAGCCACAGUUUCACCAAUUCCAGUGGCACCAUCACAGAGCGCCGGAGGAGCACAAAGAACCAGCCAGUGACGUUGUCUGCUCACACAGGGACGGUGCAGCUCUGUGCUGGUGGCUGCAUCAGUUCCUUUUCAGUUGCUGUGAUGGACACCAUUGUUGGCGACUGCCUGGUCCUAGGCUUCCCUGGUGCCCUGAAGCUGUUGCACAGAGGACACAAAGCAGUGGAGGGCCAGACCUUUUCUGUGAAAUGCCAGUAUGAUCACAGCGAACACAUCAACGUGAAGGUGUGGUGUCAGAAAACACCAACAGGACGUUGUAAAGAGUUAGUGUCCAGUCUCAGCACGGCAGCUCAGCAGCCGAAUUUCUCCAUCAAGGACCAUCCUGGCUCUCACUUCUUCACUGUCACCAUGACUGCACUCACGGUGAGAGACUCAGGUCUCUAUUUCUGUGGAAUUCUUGAAAAUGACAGAAAAGUGGCUGUUCUCAGAAGUUUUUACCACUUAUUCUAAACACUUCUGCUGCUGCUGCUGCUGCUGCUGCUGCUGCUGCUGCUG